AUGGCUCUCCUGUCAAUGGAGCAAGCAACGUGCCUCCUCUACCUGUCCAUGGCUCUCGUCUUCCCAUUCCUACUUCUUAAGCAGCUCAGGCGUCGUGGUCGCGGUGGCGUUAGGCUGCCACCAGGCCCGUGGCGGCUGCCGGUGAUCGGCAGCCUGCACCACCUCAUCGGCAAGCCGCUCGUCCACCGCGCCCUGGCCGACCUCGCCCGCAGCCUGGACGCGCCGCUCAUGUACCUCGAGCUCGGCGAGGUCCCCGUCGUGGUCGCCUCGUCCCCAAUCGCCGCCGGCGAGAUCAUGCGGGCGCACGACGCCACCUUCGCGUCGCGGCCGGCGUGGAACACGACCGUCAGGAUGGCGAACGCCGACGGGUACGGGCUGUGGUUAGCGCCAUACGGCGACCUGUGGCGGCAGCUCCGGAGGAUCAGAGUCUCGGAGCUGCUCGGCGCCCGGCGCGUCCAGUCGUUCCGCCGCGUCCGGGAGGAGGAGGCGGCCCGCCUCGCCGCCGCCGUCGCGGCGACCCCGCCGGGAGAGCCGGUGAACGUGGGCGAGCGCGUCGCCGCGGUGAUCGCCGACUCGACGGUGCGCGCCAUGAUCGGGGACAGGUUUGAGAGGCGGGAGAAGUUCUUCGAGGCGGUCGAGGAGCUGAACAAGCUCACCGCGGGGUUCAGCCUCGGCGAAGUGUUCCCGUCCUCGUGGUUUGUGAGCUUCAUUGGCGGCGGCGUAGCACGGCGAGCGUAUGCGAGCCACCUCAAGACCUUCGAGCUCAUCGAACAUGCCAUCAGACAACACGAGGAGCGGAGGGCCGCAAUCGUCCUCCUGAGAAUACAGAGGGAAGGUGGCCUCAGUGUUCCUCUCACCAUGGGAAGCAUCAAAUCACUUAUCUUUGAUCUAUUCGGCGCGGGAAGUGAGACAUCAGCAACUACCCUGCAAUGGGCCAUGUCGGAGCUCAUGAGAAACCCAAAGACGAUGAAGAGAGCACAAGCCGAAUUGCGCAGCGUUCUUAAUGGAAAGCCAAAAGUCACCGAGGACGAUUUGACACCAAUAAAGUACCUGAAGCUUGUUAGCAAAGAGACAUUGAGGUUGCAUCCAUCUGCACCACUUCUUGUCCCAAUAGAGUCCAGGGAGUCGUGCAAGAUCCUUGGAGAUCCUAAACAUUGGAAAGAUCCUGAAGAGUUCAAGCCCGAGAGGUUCGAGGAUAGUACAAUUGAUUUUAACGGCACAAACUUUGAGUACAUACCAUUCGGUUCGGGCCGAAGAAUAUGCCCCGACAUACUAUUCGCGCACUCAAACAUGGAACUUACACUCGCCGCACUCCUUUACCACUUCGAUUGGACUCUUACAAUCGGGGUGAAGCUGUCUGAGCUUGAUAUGACAGAGGAAAUGGGCCUCAGUGUUCGAAGGAAGAAUGAUCUGCACUUGCAUUCUGUUGUCUUUAAUUAUCAGUGA